AACAGGAAGAUCAAGAACGUAAUCUGUCAGAUAGUGAUUCUUCGUCGUCUGGUCAGAAAAGGUUAUAUUGUUUUUCAUUCAUUUCAUAUCAGAAGGUGAAAUUUAUAUUGGUAAUCGCAUGGCGUCGAGUAGAAUUAUGGUUUAAUUUCACGCGUGUUUUCAAAGUUUCACAAAUUGCCCGAGUCACGAAGCGACGAGGGAAAUUUGUGAAACUUUGAAAACACAAGUGAAAUUAAACCUAAAUUUUACGAUGAACUGUGCGAUUACUUGGUAAUCAUCGAGGGCAAAAUUUAUUCGCGUAAGUUAAUUGUGAACGUGUCAAGUUCUUGAACCUCGUAUGUCUCCAUGUCUUCGCCGUUGUUCCUUAAUGCUGCCCAUUUCUUAAAUACUCCAACCCAUAAAAUUGUACUUUUUCAGUGUUCGAGUUUUCACUAGAAGUUUUUUAAUUCUUCAAUAACAUUAUCCCGCGCUUGCGUUUCAGCCGAUCAGGUACAAGUAAUUUUUCCCUGAAUUAAGAAAAAAUGCUCUCAUCAUUAGCCAAUCAUAUUUGAGUAAUUUUUCCCUCUAUAUAUGAUUAAUGUACAAAAUUGCAUUGCGUUCGUAAGAAAAGGAGCUGGCUCUUGGAAUCUCAUAAAAACACGCCAGCUCGAUUGCCUUGACAAGAAAAAUUGUCACUAACCUUACUCAGUAAAUAUUGUCUGAUUGUUUUACAAAGAUAUAUCAAAUACUGUGUUAUUUAUCUAUACUACAUAUAUAUACAUCUACAAGUACAGUUUAUGUUAAUAACUUAUACUGUUAAUAACUUAUAACGUUUUUUACAACGUGGCGUGCUUGCAAUAUUUGUACUUUUAGACUUGUAAGUAGCAACAUUCAAAUUUUGUCCAGACAUUUUGUCCAACGUUCAAAUAUGAACAGACACAUUGGUCUAUAGCCGUCUCGGUAAUGGGGAUCGUAUGAUCAGCCCUGGAGUAAGCCAAAACUAAGAUCUCUCGGCGUCAGUGAACCCUGGAGGACUAAAAAUUCUUCCUUGUAGUUGACGUUUAUUUAUAUUUUUUCGAUGUGACAGAAAGAAAAGAGGAACCCGAAGAAUCAUUAAGUUUGGUACAAACUGCGAUCUUUCCGAUGAAAAGAAGUAAGUAUUUAAAAAUAUUAACAUGUGUUACGGCAGUCGUUAGAGUCGUUAUCGUAUUGCAUUAAUGCGAAAAAUUAUAUUAACGCUUAACCAGAAGUCAUGGGUUUUCACCGAGUAUAUAUCGGUUUACUGGAAGGACUCCAGUUUUUUUUUCGACAAGGAAACUUGUUUUGGACAUAGAAAGAAAAGAAGUUGCUCGCUUCAAACAAACGGUUGAACGUAACCUAAACUGGAAUCUCACAUUUAAGAUAUUACCUUGUGAGGCAGGGCCGCCGAAAGGUUGCCUGGGGCAAAACUUUCCCAGGGGCCCCUAUGACUUCAUAUAAUUUUCCAAGGGCCGCUAUGUCGUCAUAAUUGUUAGACGGGAGAAGCUGUGUUUUACGACAUAAAAUUUUUUACGCUGUAUUGCAUAUUAUCCAGCACUGACGUAGCUAGGAUUUUUAUUCUUCAUUAAGCAAUCUUGUAUCAAGAAAUUUAAAGAGCCUUCGUCGCUUUUGGGUCCCCAUUUGUGCUGGGGCCUGGUGCAAAAAGCCCCCUGCCCCCUCUCGGUGGUCCUGAUGCUGUUUCGAGCGAAGGCCCAUCAUCUGGAAGUUAUAGAGGGAACUUCGUUCAAAUGAUCGAAGUACUUUCUGCAAUCGAGUGAGAUCCUUCAACCACGCUGGCGUGAAUAUUUCGUUCUAAAUUGCAGCUCGUGGUGAGGUGCUGCGCUCAAACUACAUAAAUAUAUCUUUACCUUUGCAGAUGGAAACCCCAAUUUCUUGAACUUAAUAAAUUACCACCAUUCCUAAGGGUAAGUACAGUCUAAUUCUUUACAUUGUAUUUUCAAAUCCAAGUUUAUCCUCAAUCUCCUGAAAAUGGUUUUCAUAUAUUGCAAUUUGUAUCAAAAUAGUUAUAAAAUAUCUCAUUCUAGGUUUUCUCACCUGGCAACAUGCUGAGUCACGUUGAUCACGUUAUACUGGGAAUGAAUUCAGUUCAAUUGUACAUGAAGAUUCCCGGAUGUCGUACUCCAGGUGUGUACAAAUAUUUCAAAGUGUCAGAAGAAUGCUAUAAAGUAAGAACAAUGUGCCUUCUCUGAAUGCUGUUGGUGAAUGAGUUUAUUUCCGCAUUUAGUUGUAAAAUUGAGUCGAUCUGGCAAAACAUUGGUCGAUCAUUUUAUUACAGGACAGACACGCGGCACCAUUUGAAACGCACGCGGCGGCCAUCCAAAACUGCUAGUGACGUAAUAUCUUUACGCCAAGCACAGCUCUCUCAGAAGAGUGCUUUGUUUUGUAUAGAUCGCGCUUCGAAGCGCCAAAAUGUUUCGAUACGAGCUUAGAUUAGCUAAUUUUUCAACUUUUUACAGGUGAACUACGUCAAGCGUUCCUCUCUUGAGUUUCUAACUUGAUCGCCAAUUUUCCUCAUUGAGAAACUUCCUUUUAAAUUUUCCUAACCUCCUGUUUUAAUUUCAUGCCUUCCUGUUCAUUGCAAUCCAGUUAUGAACCCAAAGUGAUGAUGCAGUUUACCUGUAAUAUGCUAAACAAAUAGAUAACAUUUUGCCGUUGUUUGGUCAGUUAUAGAUAAAUAUAGGACGUCAUAAAGUGGUAAGAACAUCAUGAGCCACAGUUUUUGCUCAGCAAGUUAUACAUGACGUCGGACUCUGGAAAUUGAUAUCUAAUUUUUAAAUAUAACAUGAUUACCCCAGUUUGUAUUGAGAUUUGAAGGGACGUGUUUCUUGUAGGUCAUCAAGAAAACUUGAACUUUAGUUCCGUUAAUAUCAACAUUGGUCCUGGAGAUUGCGAGUGGUUUUCCGUACCCUAUGAAUAUUGGGGGGCCGUUCACAACUUUUGUGAGAAGUAAGUAGUCACUUUCACUUGUUUGAUGCUUUGAUACGGUGGGUACGAGGUUGGGGGGUAGGUGGAAAGAAAUUUAGGGAAGAUGCGUCGGCCUGGACCCCAGCCUCCCUGGGUUGUUACGCUUUAAGACAUACCCACUGAAGUUAAAUGCGUGACUUAUGCGCAUGUAAUGUACAUAUGGGUCACCCAGGAGAGAGGUUGAUUUCCCCAGGCUAAAGGGGCCACAGAUGACAUUCUUGUGAAUAAACAAUGUCAAAUCGUCUCUCAGGAAGCUAAAGUUAUAUUUUGCUUGGCCCCCAAAGUCUCUGGGCAGCCCUGAAACUUCGCACUAUCCUUGGAAUCUAUAGUUGGGCCCUUCUUUCAUAUUGAGCUGUUUUCUACGCAUCCCAGUUUUUUGUCCUGGCCAGAUAAAGUAUAUACUACUUAAAUCCUACAUUUACAUCAUACUCAUUGUUCUGUUUCUUUUUUGUAGGAAUAAUGUUGACUUCCUGAUGGGUUAGUACAUUUUGCUUGAAAAUGUCUACAUUAGCAAAUACUACUGUAUAAGAGUAUAGGUUCUGUACACUGUGUAGUUUGUCUACAGUUCCGAGUCUGGUCCCCUGUGAACAUAGUCUUAAUAAAUUGUUGGCCAUGAUGUACUAUUGUUGUUCUUAACUUUUAAAUUUUUACUAGUUCAGCGAGUACUGUUAUGAUAGAUAAUUUAUGAUAUUCUUAACUUUGACCGCAUGUAAAUAGUUUAGAUAUAAUAUUUACACUUUGUAUAUAUACCAUAGUUCCAUAGUACAGGACCAUUCUGAAAAUCACUUUUGUGAGAAUGCCUCCUGGGUAAAGAUUGUUAUCAUUAAUUUACAACGAACUUGGGCAUUUUGCAACGACCUGAGGUCGCGAGCGUUUAAAAUAGAGAAAACCUGUUACUGUGGCGGUUACUAUUCCUGGCUUGAUUAAUCAUCAUUGAGCUUUACAAAAGGUUUUCAUUUGACUUAUUAUAACUUGAUUUGAUAUAUGUGUCAUUUAUAGGAUCUUGGUGGCCAAUUCUUGAAGAUUUGUAUGAAGAGCGGGUCCCGGUGUAUCGCUUCGUUCAAAAACCUGGUGACUUGGUAUGGGUCAAUGCUGGAACAGUACAUUGGGUGCAGGCUAUUGUAAGUUAUAAGUGUACAAUUGAUUAACUAGUGUAAAAGCUAACAAUAAUGCGAUACGGUUGAACUAUUUACUGUGAUUUUUAAGUGGCAAAUCAAUGGGUCACCUAUACCCCAAUUUACUUCUUCCUUCACGCAAAACACCCUUACAUUUUUGCACAAUUCCAAAUUACCCGGCAAACCACCGUGAAGGUAUAUAAAAUGGAUUUUAAUUGAAUUUUUUAAUAGGGGUGGUGUAAUAAUGUCGCCUGGAACGUUGGACCGUUGACAGGUACACAAGUUAUAAUUCAUUCCGGCUUAGAAGCAACCUUUCUAGUUCUUUUCUAAAUCAAGUUCAAUUCUAUAGCAAAUAUGACUUACAUAUAAAUUUAUGUAGCAAUGAGAAGGGUGGUAGAAUGCCGAUAAAAGGGCGUGGUUUCUCGUUCCUCAAACCCAAAAUAUUCUACACUUGUCAAAUUGACUAGAAUAAUUUGGAAAUUAUUCUUUUCAAUAAACACAACCAUUUCUAAUACAUUCAUUAUACAAAUGGAAACUUCAAAUGAACAAUCUCACUUCUCAAAGACUCGCCUUCCAUCAGUUGUCAACAUAUAGUUUGUUUCUUCAGUUGUUAUAUCAGUCCUGCACGAGCCCAAAUAGAUAUAGACAACAACAUUCACUAACACCUCAAUAUAUAUCAAAUUGUUGCAAGCUUUAUGGAAAUAAAUAUAGGAUGUUAGACGGUUGCGAAGAGAUAUGGAUUUUAUGUUCGAGUGGCAAAAACAAUAUCUCACGAGUGAGCGCAGCGAACGACACGAGAACAUAAAUCCAUAUCUUCUCGCAACCGUUUAAUGUUCUGUUUAUUAUAUGGACUUACUCAGAGUGACAAAAAUACACACAAAGACGACAUGUAAAUAAGCACGCGAAAGACCAGUAUAAAAGCGAUAUUUUUAAAAUUAUAGUGCAAACAUAAAACUAGAAUAAAUUUUACUUAUCUCAAAAUGUGUUUUAAAUGUUUUCGUUUUAUUUCCAACGUGUUAAUUUCGUUUUAAAUACGAAUCAAUUUUUUUUUGCUCAUUUGUAUUUUCAAAACAACAACAAUGAAAAUGGCGGGAAAUUUUCGAACUUCGUAUGUCACUAGCAGGGGUGAAAUACGGAAAUACGCGCACCUGGUCCCGGAUGUAGUGACGUAUGAGUUGUACGAGUGUUUUAGUUUCCAGUAAAACACCAUUGUCCAUAUAAUAAAUUUGUAUAUUUAGUAGCAGCAUACAUGCAGUGGUGUGGUUGUAUAAUUCUUCAAUUUCUUAUUUUUGUAUAUAUCCUUUUACUUCUUUCAGAAUUUCAGUACAAUAUGGCUGUCAACAGAUACGAAUGGAAUAAACUUCAAGGUAAGCAUGUAUAGCAUUGAAUAUCGGUUAAAUUGCACUUAGGCGGUUUUACAGCAUAUUAUACUUUCAUAUGCAUCAGGAAAUUGUCUUUCCAAAUUGUACCCUAAGGCAUCUAAGCCUAAUUCUAUAUGGAAUCAUUGCGUAGAAUCAUUGCGCAGCUACAAAUAUAACCAAAAAGCCUGAAAAAGUCUUGAAAACUACUACCGGAAAAUUAAACUGCAUCUGAAAUAAAAAUAUGGGACUAACCUCAAAUUAUUAAAGAGCGACUGGAUUCUGUGGUUUUAAAGUAUAUACUGUCUUACUAAUGAUGUGGUUUUAUAUAAGUGUUUUCAAAUGAGCAUAACACAUAAUGAGAAUGAGCAUAAAGCCUGCAAUGAGCAUAACACAUAAUGAGAAUGAGCAUAAAGCCUCUCGUUUCGCCAUUCCUGUAAACACUCAAUAUAUAUCUCGAAAAUCAAGGAUGCACCCAACCCGUUAGCCAACCACAGAAGACACUCGACUGCCGUAACCCACCCUCCCUUGGGAAAAAAUGUUGACCGCUCUACAUUGGGAGUUUCUACGCAAUGAGACCAUGGCACCAUGCAUGUUAAAUCACCUAUACAACACUUGACCGGUGAACUCACUAAUUCACAUUACAAAUUCUAACGUUCAUUUAAUAUCACAUUAAUAUUUUUCAGGAAAUAGAUCAAUCGUUCCUAUGAUUCUAUUGACGUGGAAUUUAGCUCGAAAUAUAAAAAUUUCAGAAAAGAAAUUGUACGAGCAUAUGAGGUGUGUAACACAGGGUGUUUCUUCGUUAGAAAUAUUUUCUUUAUUAUUGGUAUGUACGCAUCAUUAGCUAGGGUUGUAAAAUGUCUGGGUGGCAAAGAAACAGUAAAGAUCGAAUGAAAGUGGCAUAUUUGUUACAUUGUAAAUUGCAGUGGCAGUCAUGUAAGGUCCUUCUAAUAUGCAAGUAAUUGUAACUUUGGCAUACCUAUUUCAUUUUUGUUUUGGUCUAAGGAAAAAGAUUUAUUUUGGCCUGUAUUUGAUAUUAUUUACCGUUUUAUUUGGCUUGCUUUUCAUAAGUUUUCAUGCAAUGGAGCAAUUAUAAAUUAUGUUGGAGUAUACCAUGUCUGUGUACUGUAGUGUAAAUGGAGUAUUUCUUUUCUUUAUUUGGGGCGGAUAAAUAUAAUAUAAAGCAUAACGCCAACAGGUUUUUAAGAUUUUUACUUCAACAUGCAGUACAGAAUGAUUUCAAAAAAUAUAUAUUGAACAAUAUUGUGUAUGGUCAGCUGAACGAGGCCCCGCAGUUUCCAACUUCUACAAUUUUUUUCAAACAUUAAGCAGUCGAGUAACCGUAUAGCAUUAUUUAGUGCAACAUCGUAAUUUUGUUUCAAUUUUUUUAACAUGUUCCAGGCAAGUGCUAGCACGAGUGUUGAAAUACUGUCAGGUAACCUUGGAUUGUAUUAAGGAGGCUGGUGUAACGGUGACAUUACAAAGACGGGGAGAGCACGAAGCUGCUCAUUAUUGUUCUGUGUGUGAGGUACGUAUAUUAGACAGAUAAAGAUGGCGGCUUGCAUAUGAAAUAUUCACCUCUUUCAAUAUUUGAAUCAGUGUUGAAUUUCAUGACGUUAUUAUGAACACUGAAACGUUGACAAUGUUAUACCCAGCCGUCAAGGAGAUUAGGAGUUUGGUAACAAGUAAAAUGGAGUAAUUUGGGUAUGUAAAUGAUACAAGAUGAAAUCAUAGUCAUAGACGUCAAGAUAUAUAGUUGGCUAACAUAAUUUCGUUCUUCUAAAUGCACACCCAAAAUUCUGGUGCUGAACAUCAAUAGUACGUUGAUUUUUCAUGUUUAUCUUCCUCUCCUAGUCCUAGGUAUAAUAAUGGUAAUAAACUUUACUGUGUAUUACAGCACUUUUACCCCCAAUGACCUCGUAUAUAUGUUUGCUUGUUUGAGCAUGGCAGGCGCACAUAAAAGUUAUCGAUCCUCAUUUUUUGUGCCUGAAUAUGUUUCUCUUUGAUCUUGAGUCCAACCAUAAGCUUUAACCCUACUGUGCACGAAAUACGAGGAAAUAACCCAAUAAACAGUACAGUCCAUUGGCAGAGGAAGGCAAAAUGCUCAUGGGGACUGCAGGACAUCGAGGAUGUAACUUGUUUCAAAAUAAUUAUAUCUGUGUUUACUUUUGUUUAGAUUGAAGUGUUUAACAUUCUGUUUGUAACGAAUAAUAAGAAACAUCAGGUCCACUGCCAGGAUUGUGCAAGAAAGACUAGCGAUGAUCUUCAAGGUUUUGUGGUCUUACAACAGGUCAGUUCAUCUGUUUACAUAAAUAUUUCAUAAAUAAUCGUUGCUACAGACCUUCCCGAAAACCAUUCUUAUAUAUACAAUGGAUUACAUUAUCCGUCACGAUUUCAAGCUAUCUGUAGAAUGACCGAUGAAGUAAUUUAAGGAAUUGUGGGUGAAACUAAGGAAUUCCAGAGCUCAUGCUAAGGAAUCAGGAAAUUGGGUUAUGAGAGCCUGAUGCUUAAUUUGACAUCCCGUGUUUUACUUAUUUAAGGAUUAUAUCCAUAGGAUUAUAUCAUAUACUUUAAAUCUAUCGAUCUUAUGCAAUAAAACAUUAUUAAUUUCGCUUGCAUAUGGGAGUUAUGUUUACAUUUAUGAGGAUAUUUUAUUGUGUUUUUUUUUAGUUUCCCAUGGAAGAAUUGUAUAAAACGUACAAUGACUUCAGGUUAUAUCAGGUAGGUUUUCCAUUCAAUCGAAAUUUCGGCCAUGGUGUUUAUUCUACAUUUUUGUUUAUUCACGUUUAUUCAGACUUCCCCGCAGUGGACGAAGGGUGUGUACUUCGAAACAUCCCCAAAAUAUUCCUGGAAAUCUCUAAAACAAUCUCUAUGAAAUACCUAAAAAUCUUUAAAAAUUCCUUUAAAAUCUUUCAUUAUAUUUUGUCCAACCCUAACACGAGACAUUUGUAAAAUAGUUAGGGUAUGGUGAGUUACUUCUAUUAACUCGUGAGUUUUUGAUAGUCUUUGAAAAACUCACUCGUGCAUGCAUGUUUUUUUCCCAAAUUGCACUCGAAACCAUACUAUUACCUGCAAACAGAAAGACUUUCGUGUGCUUUCACUCAAGCCAACCAAUUUAUAUAUAGCAACAACUAUACAGCAUCAAUGCACUAUAUAAAGCUUCAUAAUCUAACACAUCAUUUUGCACUUCUUAUAAUUGCAUGCUCAUUUUCUUUUUUAGCAACCCUCGACAAGAUUAGUUCAGCCAUAGCGACAAGUAUUCGAUUGUGCCAUUUGUGGUGUCUUUGGACGUCUAUACUGAUUGUUUGUCGUGAGAAGAACAUUUAGUAACUUAGUAAGAGUGUAAAUUACAAACAUUGUUAUAUAGUAGGGGUUUAUUUUCGUAAUUCGCGUGGAUAAUUUUGUACCUAAUUGUAUCAAGUGAAACUAAUUCAACUGCAUGCACGAGCUGAAAAUCCUUAAUAUCACAUUAUACAUACAAUAAUGCACAUGGUCAUGUGUUCUUCCCAUUUUCACAGUUGAAACGGUGUUAAUGUCUAUUCAUUGCUGGUACACAGUACGAAAUUCGCCUGCAUUAAUUUUUUUAAGGGGAAAAUUAACAUGAAAUUUCUUAUUGUUAUCCUUGAGUAUAUAUAUUGCAUUAAACAAGACGUUUAUAUUUUUACGAUAGCUUUUGUAAGUUUUUGAGUUCUUUUUAUAUUUGCAAAUAUUCUUUCUGCCCUCUUUGAGGAAUCGCCACAACUAUUUAUUCACAGUAAAGCGGGUUAAAAACAGGCUUUUUCAUUGAGAAUGGAAGCAUGCAUGACCUCCCUCGCAAAAUCGUUUAAGGCUACGUUUACACGGAAUAGCAUUCCGUAGCGACAUGAAAAAACAGCUAUCCAUACCCGAGGGGCAAUUCACUCCAAAAAUCCCGUACACUUCGUCAAAAAAUCCGGAAAAAAUCCAGAAAAAAUCCAUGAAAUCCUCAAAAUCCAUUGAAUCCAUCAAAAUCAAAAAAAUCCUUUAAAAACCACAGAAAUCCUUCAAAAAUCCACAGAAAUCCUUCAAAAUCCUUAAAAAAUCCGCAAAUCCACAAAAAAUAUAUGAAGUACUUGGUGUAAUUUACUCGUAAAGGUUCUUUGCCACGUUCAAAAUGGCGGACAGCGAAAGCUAAACGCUUACCGUGAUCGCUGAUUCGCUGUCAUUAUAUUUCGUAAUUAUUGGACCACUCUACAUUUCCAUUUAUACGUUCGAGUAUAUGCUAAGUUUUUUUAGCCUAUUACUACUAAAUAUGUGUUCUUGUUACAAUGACGUUAUGUUGUAAAAUAUAAUUACAAAACCAAAAGUUAUUCACCAUUGUCUUUUACUGCUUUUGAAAGAAUAAUGAACUUGUUUGAAUUUUAUACAAAUUGACUGCAUGCACAGCCUUCGUUAAUAGUUUCAGAAGGCUGUGGUCCUAGUCCCAGUCCUCUGCUCGACCCUGACGUCCUGGCAUAACGUUGACAUCGUACAACUUAAGAUUAUUUGUUCAAAACGUUACCUAGCUCUAUAACUCUAUAAUUAAAAAAAAUCCAGAAAAAAUCCGAGCAAAUCCGGAAAAUCCAAACAAAUCCGGAAAAUCCAACAGAUUUUCAAAAAUCCGGAAAAUCCAGCAAAUUUUCUCUUCAAAAAUCCGCUAAAAAAUCCGGGAAAAUCCGGGAAAAAUCCGCUAAAUCCGCUAAAAAAUCCGCGGAUUUUUAAAAAUCCGAAAAUCCCGUACGCUUUUUUGGAGUGAAAUGCCCCUCGUCCAUACCUUUAGGAAAGCUAUUUUCAGAGGAAUAUUGCAACGGAUAGAUGUUGUUUCGCUCAGCUUCUGAAAGUUGUACAUUUCGUAUCGGAUAGGUGCUUUUUUCGCGCUGCUACAGAAAACUAUCCGGUAUAGUGUAUAAACGUAGCCUAAAUGAUUAAAUAGUACAUUCUAUAUAUAUUGACCAAACCUCGAACUCAGGUCUAUUUUAAUUGGCGUAUGUUGAGCUAUAUGAGUACGAGAUUGUGUGUAAAAUAUUUUGUAAUGUAGGGUUAUAUAUCUGGAAUAGCCGUAGUACAUUGUGAUCGAUAAAUUUUGUACAUCACACAUUCUUCAUACACCUUUUGUACAGCACUAAACAUUUAAUGUUAUAUUUAAACGAACGAAUGAAAAUGAAUGAUUGAGAGUAGGUAAAUAUGUCGUCGUUAACAUUCAAUUUAUUAUAAUUU